AUGGUCAUUUCAGGUGAUACGCAGAGUACAAAGGUAACUGGCAAAUUCGUAUUUUCUAUACAUUGUCUAUUAUGCUCCGCCGGCAAUGAAAUUUUUUAUAGAAUUGAUCUUAUAGAACAUUUAACAAACCACAGAAUCAUAUACUCUUUACAAAGAUCCACGAACUGGGUUGCUAAAUUGGCAAAAGAUUUUUGA